GAUGGCCAGGUUUCUAGAAUGUCAGGGAUCUAGAAAGGCAUUUCCUACAGCAGCCAUGUUCCUGGGUUCUCUUCCCCUCCACUUCUGGCUGGUGUCUCCUGUCCGCCACAGGGCAGUGCUGUUCCAGAGGGUGGUGACUCUAGACCCUUUCUCUUCGUGCCUGCAGAAAGCCGGAGAAAGGGAUCCAGUACCUGAUCGAGAGAGGCUUCCUCUCGGACACGCCAGUCGGGGUGGCUCACUUCAUCCUGGAGCGCAAGGGCCUGAGCCGGCAGAUGAUCGGCGAGUUCCUCGGCAACCGGCAGAAGCAGUUCAACCGCGAUGUUCUCGACUGCGUGGUGGACGAGAUGGAUUUCUCCAACAUGGACCUGGACGACGCGCUGCGCAAGUUCCAGUCCCACAUCCGGGUUCAGGGGGAGGCGCAGAAGGUCGAGCGUCUCAUCGAGGCCUUCAGCCAGCGCUACUGCGUCUGCAACGCCCCGCUCGUGCGCCAGUUCCGGAACCCGGACACCAUCUUCAUCCUGGCCUUCGCCAUCAUCCUCCUCAACACCGACAUGUACAGCCCCAGCGUCAAGCCAGAGCGGAAGAUGAAACUCGAAGAUUUCAUCAAGAACCUUAGAGGGGUGGAUAACGGGGAAGACAUCCCCCGUGACCUCCUGGUGGGGAUCUAUCACCGCAUCCAGAGCCGAGAGCUGCGGACCAACGACGACCACGUCUCCCAGGUCCAGACUGUCGAGCGCAUGAUUGUGGGGAAAAAGCCGGUGCUGUCCCUCUGGAGAAGCAGAAGGGGGUGA